ACGGCGAAGGAGCGAAUCGCGCCAGCUGGCGGCUACGGGACCAUUCGCCACAGGGCUUCGGGUCACAGGGCUUCGGGUUUUGUGCAGUCACUUUCGGUGACAGGUAAAAUCACAAAGCCGAAGAGGGUGAUUGAGUCAAAGCCCAAGGCGGCCGUCGGUUUGUCCUCCGCGGGACCGACCGGCAUUAUCAAAAAGAAGAAGGUCGAAAAGCGGAAGGAGAAGCAUGAGAAGCUUGUGCAGAAGCUGCAGGCUGCGGCGGACCUGACGAAGAAGAAGGAGGUGGAGAUGAAGCAAAAGGCGCAAGUGGGCACGCUGGGCAUGUCCUCCCUGUCCGAGCUUCUUGACUCGCUCAUGGAGAAGGAGCAGGCCAUGCAAGCGCAAACCAAGAACAAGAAGAUGGACAACAAGAUGAAGCAGAAGUUGGCUGUGACCGAGCUUGAGCAGUUCAAGAACGUGCUGGCCCACCCUGCCUUCCAGAACGAUCCACUGGCGAUCAUCAAGGAGCACCUGAAGAACAAGGUGGCGGCUGUAAAUAGCGAGAGGGAGGCCAGCAACCCGCGAAAGGUGGUGCCGCGCCACCUUCAACCCAAGCCCGCCAAGGAGCCACAAAGCGCCAAGCCCGGCAGUGGGGGAAGCGGCAACCACAACGCCAAGAAGAGCAACAUCGGCAAGAACAAGGCCGGCCGAGGCGGAAAGGGAAGGAAGUAA